AUUAUGUACCUAAGUAUGAUACUGUUUUCGAGUCGAGGUUACUCAAGUGUCCUCUCUCGUCUUGAUAAGUUACGGGCCGCACUGUUGAACUCUUAACUGACCUCGUGUUGUAUACAGUAAUAUGAAUUUUUUAAUAGUUUUUGUGUUAUUGUCGGUUGUCUGUGGUGCGUUUUGUGCCAAAAUUUUGGCGGUUUUUCAUUUUCCUUGCAAAAGUCAUCACAUAUUAGGUAGUGCAUUGCUAAAGGAAUUGGCGAGGAAAGGUCAUGAAGUCACGAUGAUUAGCCCAUUUCCAUUUCAGCAUCCUGUAACAAACUAUAGGGAUGUCGACAUUACUGGAAUGUUGGAUUAUAAGGAAAAGUACAUCGUACCAAAGUUUGUCAAUGCUCAUGAAGCAUCCAUGUAUGACAAAAUGACAUUCAGUAUAAAAAAUGCCAAAGAAGUCGCUGAAUUGUUUUUGAAUCAUCCAAACUACAAGAAGAUACUUUCGGAGCACUUCGAUUUAGUGAUUUUAAACUGGUCAAUGAACGAGGCCUUCCUUGGAAUUGCUCAUCAUUUUAAAGCACCCGUCAUUGUAUUUAGUACGAUCGGUUCCUCGCAGCUAACAAACAAAAUUACCCGAAACCCGGCGCCCUAUAGUUACGUCCGAAAUAUAUUUGCUACCUAUCCUGACCACAUGAACUUUUUGCAACGGAUGAGUAACGCGUUUUGGAGUGUUACAUUUACGUUAGUCGACAAUUUCGUGAAUGAAAAAGUCCAACAAGAACUUCUCACGAAAUAUUUUCCGAACGCGCCACCUCUUCAGACUCUAAUCGAUAAUGUCUCAUUGGUAUUGUUAAACUCUCACUUUGCAAUUGAAGGCGCUCGACCGUACGUACCUAACAUGAUCGAAAUUGGAGGUUUUCACGUUGAAAAACCGAAACCGCUAAGUGCCGAUUUGAAAAAGUUCUUGGAUGAUGCUUCGGAAGGAGCGAUAUUUUUCAGUCUUGGUACGAACGUGAAAAGCUCGCAUUUGCCCAAGGAAAAGUUGGAUGAGAUAGUGAAAUGUUUUGCAAAAUUGAAGCUGAAAGUCGUCUGGAAAUUCGAAAAGCGCUCGUUACAGUUGCCUUCUAACGUUUAUGCAGAUGAAUGGCUUCCACAGACAGAUAUUUUGGCCCAUCCUAAUGUCAAGGCUUUCGUGACGCAUGGAGGUCGACUAAGUACCAUAGAGGCGUUACACUAUGGAGUGCCGGUUAUAGGUAUCCCAUUCUUCUCAGAUCAAGAAUAUAAUAUUGCCGACUGCGUCAACAAAGGUUACGGUGUUAGGUUAAAUUACAAGGAACUAACAGCAGACACCUUGAACCACGCUUUACUAGAAGUUGCCGGCAACCCUACGUAUAGCAGAAAUGCGAAGCUUAGGUCCGACAUCCUUCACGAUCAACCACUUCCACCGUUAGACAUUGCCACUUACUGGGUGGAAUACAUAAUAAGGCACGAUGGAGCAUUUCACCUACAGUGUGCAUCAGUUCGUCUUACUUGGUAUCAACGCAUACUUUUGGAUGUUACCGCCUUUAUCUUACUUAUCAUUACUUCAUUUUUGUUUGCUCUUUAUUUCGUAAUUCGAACUGUGUAUAGAUCUUUGAGGGCACUAUUUUCAAAAUCAUCCAAGAAACGCGACUUGAAAAAAAAGAAGAAGUAAUUACCAAAGGAAUUCAUUUCUGUGAUAUAUAAGUACCUACCGUAGUCAUCGAUCUUGUUUAUUUUUUUGUUACGCACUACAAAUAUAAAGCACCAUUUUAUGACUA